UGAUAAAAUCGUUUAGCCCGGCUGGUUGUGUAAUUAUUCUAGAAUUCACUGCUCCUCUUUUAUAGCGCUGGUCUUCAAAGAAUCACAAAUGACUGUCACCUACACGGCAAGAGUAGCCAAUGCCCGCUUCUGUGGCUUCUCCAAACUGCUUCUAGCCUGGAGAGGGAGCAUCUACAAGGUCUUAUACAAGGAGGUCUUGGCUUUCUUUGCCAUGUACACAGCUAUCAGCAUCACUUACAGAUUUUUACUCUAUGAGGACCAGAAGCGGUAUUUUGAAAAGCUGGCAAUUUAUUGCAACCACUAUGCUAGUCUCAUCCCAAUGUCUUUUGUACUGGGUUUCUAUGUGACCCUGGUGGUGAACCGCUGGUGGAGUCAGUACACCUGCAUCCCACUCCCCGACAGGCUCAUGUGCACCCUCUCAGGAGGCCUGCAGGGCAGCGAUGAACGGGGACGGAUGCUGAGACGCACCAUGAUGCGCUAUGCCAGUCUGUCAGCCCUCCUCAUCCUCCGCUCCGUCAGCACGGCUGUAUUCAAGCGCUUCCCCACCAUGGACCAUGUGGUGGAAGCUGGGUUCAUGACUCGAGAGGAGCGCAAGAAGUUUGAGAGUCUCCAGUCUCCCUACAACAAGUACUGGAUCCCCUGCGUGUGGUUCACCAACCUGGCUGCCAUUGCCCGCUGUGAAGGAAGGAUCAAAGAUGACAGCACUCUCAAACUGCUGCUCGAGGAGCUGAAUGUGUUCAGAGGAAACUGCAGCAUGCUUUUUCAUUAUGACAUGAUCAGUGUGCCCCUGGUGUAUACCCAGGUCGUGACCUUAGCAGUGUACAGUUUUUUCCUGGUGUGCCUAAUUGGUCGCCAGUUCCUGGACCCCAGCCAAGGCUAUCCAGGUCAUGACCUUGACCUCUACGUGCCCAUCUUCACCCUGCUUCAGUUCUUCUUUUAUGCCGGCUGGCUCAAGGUUGCAGAGCAGUUGAUCAACCCGUUCGGAGAAGAUGAUGAUGACUUUGAGACCAACUGGUUGAUAGACAGGAACUUCCAGGUGUCCAUGAUGGCGGUGGAUGAGAUGUAUGGGGAUCUGCCUUUAAUAGAAAGAGACCGCUACUGGAAUGACUCCAACCCUCGCCCGCCCUACACUGCGGCCACUCUUUUUGUCCUGCGCAAGCCCUCCUUCCAGGGAUCCACCUUCGACAUGGCGAUUCCUAAGGAGGAGAUGCACUUCCAGCCUCUGGAGAAUAUUGCAGAGAAUCUGGAGGAGACAGGCAGCCGUCACCCCAACAUGGCCCUCUUCAACCGGCUUCUUAACGUCGCCCCCUCCCCUAAUGGGCUCAUGGGAGGGGCUCUCCGCCGCACCUCAGCUCAGCUCCAGCGGUUACGCCACUCCCCUAGCAUUGACCCACCGACUAGCGACGAUGAUAAUGAUGAUGAUAACGAAGGUGGAAAACUUGGCAAAGGAGGCUCUCUACCCUCGGGGCUGUGCCAGGACACCCAGAGCACCGUGUGUAGUUUCAGGGGGGAGAAGAGUGCCAGAACACCUCUGCUAGAGAUUCAAUUUGGGGCAGGCUGGGAGAGACGGGAAAUGAAGGGAGAAGGGGAAGUGGGGGCUAAGGGGAACUUUUUAGGAGAGGUGAUGGAGAAGGCAGGGAAAGCAGAGAGAACAGCAGGAGACGUCCAGUCAUCUGUGUCACUGCUUCCUCCCCCCUUUCAACCUUCCAGAGAGACCUCCACCAAACCAGCCUCAGCGACUCCUCACAUUUCCCUUAACGCCUCCACCCUUUUGCCCCGCCCUACUACACUUUCCUCCCAAGAGCUCUUCAGCUCCCAGCCAGUAAUCAACCAGAGCAGAGCUGCACCCUCAUUCCCCAAGCCUCCCAUUGGUGGUGCCAAGAUGUCCUUCCUCACCGUGCCGUCAUACAAUGUCUGUCAGCGUUUGCGCAGUGUUAGCAUGGGGUCGGAGUUCACAAGCUCGUAA